CCUCCCACUACCUGCCGCAGGUAAAACAGCAGACCGCGUCUCGCAAGCACGCUCAAAGGCACCUCUAAUCCGCACCAUGUCAUUCAAGAGCCCUUCCAGGAGUUUCUCCAGCUCAAGUCUUUCUGGCAGCAUGGGGUCAAGGGGCAGUUGGUUCGGGGCCAUUUCCCCAGCCGCUAUAGGGAAUCUGGCAAACACACUGCGUCCGAUCGUGCAGAUCAACAGCAGCACUUUUGCCCCAGCUGAUGAUAAAGAGGCCAUGAAGGGUCUGAAUGACCGUCUGGCGGGGUAUCUGUCAAACGUACGACUCCUGGAGGACUCCAACAAUCAACUGGAGGAGCAAAUCAAAGAGGCUCUGAUGAGGAAAGGAGCUGAGAUCGGCAGAGACUGGAGCGCCUAUGAGAAGAUCGUUGCGGAUCUGAGAAACCAGGAUGUUGCCAACCUGACAAACCAGAUCAGCGACUCCCAAGUCAAUGUGCAAAUGGAGACUAAAAACAGUACAGACCUCAAUGAGGUCAUUAAUAACAUCCGCACGCAGUACGAGCGAGCCGUGCAGAAGAGCCGCGAGGAAACUGAAGCCUGGUAUCAAAACAAAUUUGACAACAUGACAGCUGAGGUGACUCAGAACACAGAAGCUCUGCAGGCAGGAAAGACAGAGCUGAACGAGCUGCGCAGGCAGAAACAAUCUCUAGAAAUUGACCUGCAGGCUCUGCACAACAUGAUUCGAUCACUCGAGGAUUCGCUGCAUGAAACGGAGGCACGUUACGCUCACGAAGUCAAUGGGUACAACUCUCGAAUCCUGCAGCUGGAGGGAGAGCUGGGACAGGUGCGAGCGCAGGUGGAGCGUCAGGCGGCUGAGUACGAGGCCCUGCUCAACCUCAAGUCCAAACUGGAGGCAGAGAUUGCCACCUAUCACCGUCUCCUGGAGGGUGUUGUUGAUGACAAGGGGGACAAAAACAGAGAGGAAUUUUCUUUAGAGCAGGCGUUGUAUGCAGUUCCUCCCGUCGGACUUAAGAAAGCCAUCAUCAUCACACAAGAAAUAGUGGACGGAGAAGUGGUCUCUCAGAGGGAACUUGAGCAAAAUCUUACUAAUCACAAUGACCUGGAAGUUUCUGGGGAGGAUCAGGAGUUGACAGAACAACUGGAGCUAGCAGUGGAAGAGGCAAAAGCAGAGGAAGAGAAAGUAGCAGAACAACUGGAGCUAGCGGUGGAAAAGGCGAAAGCAGAGGAAGAGAAAGUAGCAGAACAACUGGAGCUAGCGGUGGAAAAGGCGAAAGCAGAGGAAGAGAAAGUAGCAGAACAACUGGAGCUAGCGGUGGAAGAGGUGAAAGCAGAGGAAGAGUUAACAAAACAACUGCCGUUAGCAUAGGAAGAUGAGUUAGUGGAGGACAGAGAAGUCACCUGCUGAACACGAUGAGGAGGAAGAAGCUUCUCAAGAUGUUGUGAAGAAAAAGUAACUUUUUACUGCUAUGUCUCAUCCUAUUCUUACAGCCUCAGUGGUUCUUCUUCUCUGUCUUUGUUCCUUUGUUCUUGCUCAGUUUUUCUUUGUGUUGACCAUGACAAUUUUAUCAAUCUCCUAUGCCACAAUUAAAUAUGUAUGAGCUUCA